GUUGCUGAGGCAGCAAAUAGCACUCUCGGUAAACAAUGGAGCUAAUCGCCAUGUGGCGUCCAAAGAACCCACAUGUGCUGCUUGACCUCAGCGGACUCGUAAGACUCGAACCUGCCUGGCUUCUCGGAACGGAGUGUAUAUGCCGAUGGCGACGCCAAGUUCGAAACUAAUUUGCUGCUCUGAUCAGCCGGAACCACAGCAUCGCUCAACUUCAGCUCGGAGCUAGGUCGCGCACGGGGCUACUCGUGGCGAGCACCAGCGCUACUAUAUCUGAUGAUGCCGCGACGCGCCAAGGCCGUUUCGGCGAGGAAGGUCCGAGCGGGCCGAGGCUCCCGAGACACCUGUUCGCGGCGGCUCGAAGCGCCAAUCGGUGCUUCGCAGCCGCGGUUCGAUGGCAGCUGGAUGGGCCUCCCGACGGCUCGAGGCGCGAUGAUGUGAUCUCAUUCAUUGGUGUGUAUAUGAAUGAACGGCGCUCGGAUCGUUAGUCAUCUCAUUCGUUGGUGUGUGUUCAAGCCUCCAGUCACUUCCUUCUAUUCACGAGAAUCCAGCUCGCUCAAUAUUCAAGCCUCCAAUCACUUCCUAAUAUUUAGAAUCCGGUUCCCUCAAUAUUCAAGGUUCAUCGUUCCCCAUCUAGCCUACCUGGUCCCGCCAAAACGCAUCAGACUUCGCCAUGGCAUGCGGAAAGCUCGUCGUUUCCCUGCUCUUCCUGCUCGCCGCUCUCCUCGCGUUCUCCAAUCUCCCUUCCGCUCAAGGUGCACGUGCUCCGUUCGCGACCCUUCCAGCCCCCGCUACAGUCACAAGGAGGGUGCUUCGCAGCGAUGAUAAGACGUGCUCGGACAAGUACGAGAAGAAGAUGGAGCGGUGCGAGGAGAAGGAGCAGCGGUGCCUGGACAGGGCACGGGACUGGUGGCACGAGCAGAAGUGCACCGACAAGCGCGGGGACUGUGAGUGGGACGCGAGUGACGCGUACAAUGACUGCCAGGCGGAGUGCACCGAGAAGUGCGAUGAGAAGCUGGACGAGUGCUACAACCAGCACCACAGCCGCGGGUGCGACAGGAAGGACCAGAAGUGCCGCGACAAGUGCAACUAGAAGUGAGGGCUUCUGAGUCGACGGGAAGCGCCACAGCCAUGGGAGCGACAGGAAGGACCAGAGGUGCCGCGACAAGUGUACCUGAAGGGUGGGGGGAGCAGCUGAGGGGAUGCAGGGAUGGUUGGUGAAGGCAUGGUGUGUAUGGCUGGCAUGGUGUGUUAUGAGUUUUUUGUGUGGCUAGUGUUCACUGUAAAUACCAUUUGCAGUCAUGUGUGUCAUUCAUGUACGGUUUCUCAUUGCCAAC